CAUUUCCACACACCACUCGAGGCUACUUUCGUCAUUUCACCCUCCACCUCCCCCUCAACACACUGUUGUUCUCAUCUUUGCUGACGAAUGGUUUCACUUUCCGUUUCAACCUAAUGGCUACUGCAUCUUCAUCCGAUCCGGUCAUGAAAUCGGAAGGUAGCGUUAGCGGCAGCGCCGGUGAGGCUUCCGACGCGGCUGCGGCGGCGGCGGUAGGUAAGGCGAGCGGUUACCAGCAGCAGUUGAUGGUGAAGUAUAGAGGAUUGAAGAAAUCGAAGAAGGAGAGAGGUUGUACGGCGAAAGAACGGAUCAGUAAGAUGCCGCCGUGUGCUGCCGGAAAACGGAGCUCUAUCUACCGUGGUGUUACUAGGCAUAGAUGGACUGGCCGUUAUGAAGCGCAUCUAUGGGAUAAAAAUACCUGGAACCAGAAUCAGAAUAAGAAGGGCAAGCAAGUUUAUUUAGGUGCAUAUGAUGAUGAGGAAGCUGCUGCCAGAGCAUAUGAUCUUGCUGCCUUGAAGUAUUGGGGCCCUGGGACACUCAUUAAUUUUCCGGUAACAGACUAUACAAGAGAUCUUGAAGAGAUGCAAAACCUAUCAAGAGAAGAUUACCUUGCAUCACUCAGAAGAAAAGGUAGUGGUUUCUCAAGAGGAACCUCUAAAUGUCAUGGAGUUUCCAGUACUAGAUGGGACUCUCCCUUGGGCCGGAUUGCUGGAGCCGAUUACCACAGCCGCAUGCAUCAUGGUGAUGAUGCAACAACAGAGAGCGAAUACGUUGGUGGAUUUUGCAUGGAUAGGAAAAUUGAUCUUACACCUUACAUUAAAUGGUGGGGACCGAACAAGUCCUGCCAAACUGAAUCUCAAUUAAAAUCAUCAGACGAAACAAAUAAUGCUAGUUCCGAAGACACUGGAAGUGACCAUAAAACGUCAGAAUGGGUAACCCAACCCACCGAACCCUAUCAGCUGCCUCGUUUGGGUGUCUCUCCUGAAGGAAAACAACAUAAACGGUCUUCAGUAUCCGCCAUGAGUAUACUGUCAAGAUCUGCAGCUUACAAAAGCUUACAAGAAAAGGCUGCAAAAAAGGAAGCUGAAAACGAUGUUGAAAAUGACGAGAAUGAAAACAAAAUUAACAUCAACAAGAUGGAUUACGGUAAAGCGGUUGAGAAAUCAAGUGAUGAUGGUGGUGCACCUGAAGGAUUUGGAGUUGGAUUAGGGAUGGAUCUUGAAAGAAACACGUACCCUUUGGCUCCAUUCUUGUCUGCACCACUUUUGACCAACUAUAAUACGAUUGACCCGUUGACCGACCCUAUUCUUUGGUCAUCCCUUGUCCCUUCUCUCCGCACCAGACCUUCUCAGCCCGUAGAGGCUACAAAGACAGAAACCAGUUCGGAUUAUACUUUCUUCCAACAGGAGGACUUGCUACCUACAUGAUCCAAGUAAAAGGUGUGUUCUGUCCAAAUUUUCUUGGAAAAUCUCUUGAAUGCAUGUGCAAUGCUACAGAGAAUCGAUAACGACUAUCUCAUACUGCCUUAGAACAAGAAAAGGUUGCCGGAUGUGCUUGGUAUGCUACCUUAGUUUUGUUAUAGAGAAAGUUGCAAGAAAUAUAUACAUAUGUAUAUGUAUGCAUGUAUGUAUAAGUAGAUAUUUAAUAGCAAACAUGUUAUAGCAUAGAAGUUGUAUUUAUAAAAGGUACACUAUUAUAUGAAGAAUGAAGUAUAGGAAAGUUUUUUAACGAUUA